AUGCCUCGGUUGCUGCGGCGGAGGUAUUUGGUGACGGUCUCCCGUUUCUUAGUCGUCUCCGGUUUCUUACUUGUCGCCGGCUUCUUGGUCUGCCAAAUUGGUUUACGCUUCCCCAACGUCCAUCAUCAAGAAGAUGUGAAAAUUUUGGGAAGGAUCCUGAGGGAAGCAGCAACUGAGGACAAGACGGUGAUAAUAACCACCUUAAACCGGGCUUGGUCUGUACCAAACUCGACGUUUGAUUUGUUUCUUGAGAGUUUUAGCAUCGGAAAAGGGACUAAGCCAUUGCUCCGACACCUUGUCGUGGCAUGUCUCGACCCGGAGGCAUAUUCUCGGUGCUUGGAGGUCCAUCCCCGCCUCUGCUACUUUAUGAAAACGGAAAUGGAUUUCUCCGACCAGAAAGUGUUCAUGACGCCGGACUUUCUCAAGAUGAUGUGGCGUCGUACAGAGUUGUUGACUACUUUGCUCAAGCUCGGAUAUAACUUUAUCUUCACGGACAUAGAUGUAAUGUGGUUUCGAGAUCCUUUCCCUCGUCUAUCUAAAGAUUUCGAUUUCCAAUUCUCUUGUGACCGCUUUAGUGGAAACGAUAGCGACAUCGGCAACGAGGCUAACAGUGGUUUCAUUUUUGUCCAAGCCAAUCAACGAACCAUAGAUUUCUACAACUACUGGUACGCGUCGAGGCUGCGAUUUCCGGAUCAAAACGAUCAAGGCGUGCUCAAUGAAAUCAAACACGAUCGGUACACUGCAGAAAUAGGACUCAAAAUGAGGUUUCUCGAUACAAAGUACUUCGGAGGAUUCUGUGAGCGGGGUCGGCACCUGGAUAGGGUUUGCACAAUGCAUGCCAAUUGUUGUGUGGGACUUGAGAAUAAGAAUCAUGAUUUGAGACAAGUGCUUGUGGAUUGGAGGAAUUAUCUGUCUGAGGCAAAGACAUAUGAUGAUGGUAAGAACGUGACAUGGCGACCGCCGGAGAACUGCAUGAAGCAAUGGUGGUGGAUAAAGUCUAAUGCCGGGUCAGACACCCUUUUCAAAAGAAAAGAGAAAAAAGAAAAGAAAAAAAUAGAUUGGGUCAGAAAAUAA